GAUACUCAGAAACUGAGAUCUAAGUCAUCUAACCCUUCUAUAGUUCUAUGCUUACAGGAGUACUCCUCUCUCGCUUUCUCUCUAUAUCAAUUCCAUUUCUUCUCAAUUCUGAAACACUGAUUUUGAAUUCUCAAUUCCUUCGAAUUUGAUCAAUUUCUCUCUUUAGAUAUUCUUCCAAAUUCAGACCUGCACCGACAAUUAUUCCAAUCCAGUUUUUCAUCAACUGCAAAGACCGAUAGUCAAAAGAAUCUAACAAUUAUCAAUCAAUAAGUCGUGGAUCUUGGAGUGAACUCAUCUAGUUAUGAGAGCAUUUCAGUAUUUAUAAGAACUGAAGUAAAAAGGUGAAGCUUUUUAUAUUCUGUUGAGGAUACUAAAGCUACAUAAAAGAUGAGAGGGAGAUCUGACGGAGUGCAGAAGAAGCGCCUUUUAACUUCUGUUGGCGUUAUUGCAAUCUUUCUCGUUUUUCUUUAUGUGUAUUUUGGCUCUAAGAGCAGUGGUGAGUCUGCCCUAGAGUAUGGCAGCCGAUCUUUGAGGAAACUAGGGUCUUCUUACUUGGGUGGAGAUGAUGAUGGUGACGUUAAGCAAGAUGAAAAUUUUGGGCUGGAAGAUGGCAAUGACGGCGUUGUCCUGAAAAGCUUUCCUGUUUGCGAUGAUCGACAUUCAGAACUAAUUCCCUGUCUAGACAGAAAUCUCAUAUACCAAAUGAGAUUGAAGCUGGACCUAUCUUUGAUGGAGCACUAUGAAAGACAUUGUCCUAUGCCCGAAAGGCGGUUCAAUUGCCUGAUUCCUCCCCCUGCAGGAUACAAGAUACCUAUUAAGUGGCCGAAAAGUAGAGAUGAGGUCUGGAAAGCAAACAUACCUCAUACGCACCUUGCUCAUGAGAAAUCAGAUCAGAACUGGAUGGUUGUCAAGGGUGAAAAGAUUAUAUUUCCAGGAGGAGGCACUCAUUUCCACUAUGGAGCUGACAAAUAUAUUGCUUCAAUUGCAAAUAUGUUGAACUUUUCAAAGAAUAUCUUAAACAAUGAGGGGAAUAUACGAACAGUUUUUGAUGUUGGUUGCGGUGUUGCUAGUUUUGGAGGCUAUCUUCUUUCAUCCAAUAUAAUAGCAAUGUCCUUGGCACCAAAUGAUGUGCAUCAGAAUCAGAUCCAGUUUGCCUUAGAAAGAGGAAUUCCUGCAUAUCUCGGUGUUCUUGGAACAAAGAGACUUCCUUAUCCAAGCCGUUCAUUUGAAUUUGCUCAUUGUUCUCGUUGUAGGAUUGAUUGGUUGCAAAGGGAUGGGAUCCUUCUUCUUGAGUUAGAUAGGGUUCUUAGACCCGGAGGUUAUUUUGCCUACUCAUCCCCUGAAGCAUAUGCUCAGGAUGAAGAAGAUCUUAGAAUAUGGAAACAAAUGAGUGCACUUGUAGAACGCAUGUGCUGGAGGAUAGCUGCUAAAAGGAACCAAACAGUCAUUUGGGUUAAACCUUUAGAUAAUGAGUGUUACAUGUCAAGAGAACCAGGUACUCAGCCACCUCUCUGCCGAUCUGAUGAUGAUCCAGAUGCAGUGUGGGGUGUUCCAAUGGAGGCAUGCAUAUCACCUUAUUCUGACCAUGACCACAAAACCAAGGGAAGUGGAUUGGCACCUUGGCCAGCUAGAUUGAUUACACCUCCUCCUCGGCUUGCUGAUUUUGGGUAUUCUAAUGAAAUGUUCGAAAAGGAUACGGAACUCUGGCGGCAGAGGGUUGAUAGUUACUGGAGGAUUUUGAGUCCCAAAAUUUCAUCAGACACUGUGAGGAAUAUUAUGGACAUGAAGGCAAACUUGGGUUCAUUUGCAGCUGCUUUGAAGGAGAAGGAUGUAUGGGUAAUGAAUGCAGUCCCCGAAGAUGGACCCAACACACUCAAGAUUGUAUAUGAUCGAGGCCUAAUUGGCACAAUUCAUAACUGGUGUGAAGCCUUUUCAACAUAUCCCCGAACAUACGAUUUGCUCCAUGCUUGGACUGUGUUUUCUGACAUUGAGAAGAAAGGUUGUAGCGGCGAGGAUCUGCUGCUCGAGAUGGAUCGCAUUCUAAGGCCCACUGGUUUCAUUAUCAUCCGGGAUAAACAGCACGUUAUCGAUUUUGUGAAGAAGUAUGUGCAUGCAUUGCACUGGGAAGCCGUCAGAACAGCUGAUUCAUCUUCAGAUCCUGAUCAGGAGGGAGACGAAGUCGUGCUCAUCGUCCAAAAGAAACUAUGGCUGACAAGUGAGAGCAUCAUAGCUACAGAUUAGAAAAUGACGUUUCCCCAAGCCAUUUUAAUCCUACCUCUGGGAAUCAAGAAGUGCCCCCAAGGCCCAGGAGAUAUCGAUUUCGUUUUGCAGCACUACACAUUAUUUAUUCCCCAAUCUGGUUUUCUUUAACCCCCAAAUGUUCUAUUUUGCUCCCAUAUUUUGGUUUAGUUGAUAACUUAUAUAGCUUUACAGACAAGAUGCAUUUACAGGUCAUUCUUCAUUAACUUAUCUUUGUGAUAUUGCUGUCACAUACAGUCAAUUAUUGUGCUAUUAAUAUAGGCUUCCUCUUAUUAUUGCAGUAUGUUUUGGUACCCAAAAUAACAACUCUUGUUAAUUACUGUGCUUGUAAUAUAUUGUAGUAUAUAUUUUUGGACCCGA